UUGUUCUCGCGCGUCAUUCCAUUGCCUCAAUGUCGUUAUUGAAAUAGAAUUUUGUUAAUCAUUGAGUAAUCAUUGAUUGUUUCGUAAAAUGGAUAUUGGAGAUACACAGAGUACUCGUUCACGUGUACCUGACGAAGUUGGAAUUAAAUGCCAAAAACUAUUUCAAGACUUUUUGGAAGAAUUUAAAGAACAUGGAAUUGUAAAAUAUCUUAAACCAGCCAAAGAACUUAUAAGUCCAGAACAGAGUACAUUAGAAGUGACCUUUGAUGAUGUGGAUGAAUACAAUCAAGUACUCUCAACAACUAUUGUUGAAGAAUAUUAUAGAGUUUAUUCAUACCUAUGCCAAGCUGUUAGUAAUUAUGUCAAAGAUGUUGCAGACUUAAGAAAAGAAAAAGAAUGUUAUGUAAGCUUUGUGGAAGUUCCUACAAGACAAAAGUUAAGAGAAUUAAAUGCUUCAAAAUUUGGCACAUUGAUACGUAUAUCUGGUCAAGUAAUCAGAACACAUCCUGUCCAUCCAGAAUUAGUGUUAGGAACAUUUAUUUGUAUGGACUGUAAUGCUGUCAUAAAACACGUAGAACAACAAUUUAAGUUUUCCAAUCCAACAAUUUGUCAUAAUCCAGUAUGUAGUAACAGGAGACGCUUUCUCCUAGAUGUAGAUAAUUCUGUAUUUAUUGAUUUUCAAAAAAUCAGGAUACAAGAAACGCAAGCAGAACUUCCUAGAGGCUGCAUUCCACGUUCACUUGAAGUAAUUUUACGAGCAGAAGCUGUAGAAACUAUUCAAGCUGGUGAUAGAUAUGAUUUUACAGGAACUAUGAUAGUAGUACCAGAUGUAGCGGUUCUUUCACUUGGUGGUGUAAAAGCUGAUCUUAAAACAUCACGUCGGAGGCAAGGAGAUCAAGGCGAAGGCAUAACAGGAUUGAAAGCUUUAGGAACACGUGAAUUAACGUAUAAAACAGCGUUUCUGGCUUGCAGUGUCACUCCAACAACUUUUAGAUUUGGAGGUACUGAAACAAAUAUGGAAGAAAUUUCUCAAGAAAUGAUGAAAAAGCGAAUGUCAGAAGCAGAAUGGAAUCGUAUAUAUGAAAUGAGUCGUGAUAAAAAUCUGUAUCAAAAUCUUGUCAAUAGUUUAUUCUCUGCUAUACACGGUAACGAUGAAGUUAAGAAGGGAAUUACUUUGAUGUUGUUUGGUGGUGUGCCAAAAACAACGUUAGAGGGUACCUCAUUACGAGGGGAUAUAAAUUGUUGUCUUGUUGGUGAUCCUAGUACAGCGAAAUCACAAUUCUUAAAGAGUGUUGCUGAUAUUACACCAAGAUCGAUUUAUACUUCGGGAAAAGCAUCUUCUGCAGCUGGAUUAACUGCUGCUGUAGUAAGAGAUGAAGAAUCGCCUGAUUUUGUUAUUGAAGCUGGUGCUUUGAUGCUUGCCGAUCAAGGUAUUUGUUGUAUUGAUGAAUUUGAUAAAAUGGAUAUCAGGGAUCAAGUGGCUAUACACGAAGCUAUGGAGCAGCAGACAAUUUCAUUAGCUAAGGCUGGCGUAAGAGCAACUUUAAAUGCUCGAACAUCUAUAUUAGCAGCAGCGAAUCCCGUUGGUGGACGGUACGAUAGGAAAAAAUCACUACAACAAAAUGUUCAAUUAACGGCUCCUAUUAUGUCCAGAUUUGACUUAUUCUUUGUUAUAGUUGAUGAAUGUAACGAAAUUGUCGAUAAUGCAAUUGCUAAAAGAAUUAUUGAUUUACACUGCGAUAAUUGGCAAGGUUUUGAUACAGAAGCGGCAGACUUUUUAGUUGAUAGUUAUACUACGCUUAGGCAAAGAACUGGUAGUAGUUCCGGCAAGUGGAGGGUUACUGUUAGAAAAUUAGAAAGUCUUAUUAGAUUAUCAGAAGCAAUGGCUAAAUUGGAAUGCUCAGAUGAAGUUACUAUAAAACAUGUUACAGAAGCAAAACGUUUAUUAAGUAAAAGUAUUGUUACUGUUGAACAACCGGAUAUAGACUUAGAAAGAGCAGAUGAUGAUAGAAUGGAUGUUGAUAUGGAUGAAGCUCCACCUCUUAUGGAAGCCCUCAAUGCAUUGGAUCAUGAUAUGGAAGCAGAAACUCCUAUACAACAUAAGAAGAAACUAACAAUGUCUUUUGAAGAGUACAAGAAUUUAUCUAAUAUGUUAGUGUUGUAUAUGAGAAACGAAGAAACUCGUGCAGAAAGUGAAACUGAUGCUAUGGGUGAUACCAAAGGUGGAUUAAAGAAAUCAGAACUAGUGGCAUGGUAUCUUGAUCAAAUACAAGAUCAAAUAGAUUCAGAAGAAGAAUUGUUAGAAAGAAAAAAUUUUAUUGAAAAAAUUAUUGAUAGAUUGACAUAUCAUGAUCAAAUUAUAAUACCUUUAACUACAAGAGAUCAAAAAGAUGAAGAAAAUGAUCCUUUGCUUGUUAUACAUCCUAAUUAUAUUAUUGAUGCUUAAAUUUUUUGAUAAAACAUGUACUUUUACGAUUAAUUACAUAAUUUAUAAGGUAAUAGCAAGUAGAAAUAAACAUUGGAAAUUAACUUUUAUGAAUAAGACAAUUUAUCUCACAUUAUCGAUGAUACGAGAUUAAAAUAUUUUUAUAGUACAUUUUACUGAUCUAAUUAAAUCAAAGUUUACUUCUACUUGCUUUAAUUCAUUAAAAAUAUACGAUUCCAAAUCAAAUACUAUGACAUAUUUUUUACAUUUUUUGAAAUUUAUAAUAAAUAUUUAUAUUAGUAUAUGGUGUAUCUAUUUCAUUGACCGUUUUUUAACCAUU